CUUUAAAAUUCAGCUUAAAAGCGUAUAAUCAAAGUAUAUAUUUCUAUAAAUUUCUAUAUAGCUGUAAAAAUCGCAAUGCAUUGGAUUUUAAGCUGUCUAUUAAUCUUUAGCGCGCUGUGCUGGCAGCUGGAAGCAGAAGAAGUAGAGAAAGAGGAUGAUAGUGAAAAUGAAGAUGAAAAAGAUGCUGAUAGAUUGGGCUUGGGUGCAAAUUAUAACGAAAUACUAAUCGAUGUAAUCAAAAGUUGGCAAACGCCGAUUGUGCAACUAACUGAGUUGGGCUAUUUACCGGAUAACUAUGAGGAUACAUCAAAGAUAAAGCCCAACUUGGAUGCACUUUUAGAUCGCUUAGAGAGCUACAAGCAGCAGCUGCCAGCAGAAGAACAAGCUAAGCCGAAUAAGCGUAAGAUAAAAAGCAAAGCAGCGGAGCAGCGCAAAGAGCGUGAAACGAAGCUGGAUGCGGCAAUAAAACUACCAACUGCUGAUGAUAUAGUGGGCAGAAUGCUAAAGGAAGAGGAGCUGAAGCAUCAGAAGCAUGAGCCCAAUAUGCAGCUACUGCUGAUGGGACAUUUGCUGGCCAAGCAGCAGCAGCAGCAGGUGAAGUUGCAGCCAGAGACGCCAGAGACGGGGGCAGCACUAAAGCCUGCUGUGGUGGCAGACAAUACGCUGGAGCGUCUUUUAAAGAAAACCAGUCCACUUGCUAGCGAUAGUCUAAAGCAGAAAUUAGUUAAACGCAUGCCGGCAGACAUAAAUAAAAAUCUGUUUGAAUUUAGCACGCGUGGGCCGCUGCAGUUGCAACAACAACAACAAAUUGAAACGCCACAUUUUCUAACCUAUGACCUCGAGAGCAAGCAGCUCAAACUAAUUUCAACUGAAGCUAAAGACGCUUAUAUCAAAAAACUGCUGCGUGAGUUUCACAAAAAGCGCGAGCAACAGGAAAUUAAUCAAAAAGUGCAAGAAGCUUUGAGUCUCAAUGUGGUUCAUAAUUGAAUUUUUUUUAUAUAUUUUUGUAUGUCUUAGUCAUAGCCACAUAAUUCCAUAUUAAGACGUCAUAGCUAUAGCAUCACUACUAUAUACUAAACUAUUUGUUUAUACCCCAUUUGUUGCUCCGUCUGUUUAUGUUUGCUUCUACCAAAAACUCAUAAUUUUGACUGGCAGUUCUAACAGGUGCUGUAGCCCAAAAAAAAGCUGCGGAAAUACUAAAUCUUAGCAUAAUAUAUCUUUUAAUGCGAAAAUUGCGCUAUGUACCAAUUGUGUCAGCUUAUUUAGUUGGCUAUAAUUAAACAGUUUGUUCAUUGUUGU